GAACGUGGAGGGAUACGUUGGCUUUGCAAACCUUCCCAAUCAAGUGUACAGGAAGUCUGUGAAGAGAGGUUUUGAGUUCACUCUCAUGGUUGUGGGGGAAUCUGGGUUGGGAAAGUCAACGUUGAUCAACUCACUGUUCCUGACAGACUUGUAUUCUCCAGAAUACCCUGGGCCUUCACAUAGAAUCAAGAAGACUGUACAGGUGGAACAGUCCAAGGUGCUAGUAAAGGAGGGCGGAGUCCAGCUGCUCCUCACAAUAGUCGACACCCCAGGGUUCGGCGAUGCCGUGGACAACAGUAACUGCUGGCAGCCAGUCAUCGAUCACAUCGACAGCAAGUUUGAGGAUUACCUCAACUCCGAGUCCCGCGUGAACAGACGGCAGAUGCCCGACAACAGAGUGCACUGCUGCCUGUACUUCAUCGCCCCCUCAGGACAUGGACUGAAACCGCUGGACAUCGAGUUCAUGAAACGGUUACAUGAGAAAGUGAACAUCAUCCCUCUCAUUGCCAAAGCUGAUACUCUGACUCCUGAGGAGUGCCAACAGUUCAAGAAGCAGAUCAUGAGAGAAAUCCAGGAGCACAAGAUCAAGAUCUACGAGUUCCCCGAGACCGACGACGAGGAGGAGAACAAGCUCGUGAAGAAGAUAAAGGACCGCUUACCUCUGGCCGUCGUCGGGAGCAACACCAUCAUCGAGGUCAAUGGGAAGAGGGUUCGAGGGAGGCAGUACCCGUGGGGCGUGGCUGAAGUGGAGAAUGGAGAGCACUGUGAUUUCACCAUCCUCAGAGACAUGCUGAUCAGGACCCACAUGCAGGACCUGAAGGACGUCACCAAUAACGUCCACUACGAGAACUACAGGAGCGGGAAGCUGGCAGCUGUCACCUACAACGGAGUGGACAACAACAAGAGCAAGGGCCAGAUGACCAAAUUUGACACAGGUGAAGGCAUGAGCCCCCUGGCCCAGAUGGAGGAGGAGAGGAGGGACCACGUGGCUAAGAUGAAGAAGAUGGAGAUGGAGAUGGAGCAGGUGUUCGAGAUGAAAGUCAAGGAGAAGAUCCAGAAGCUGAAAGACUCCGAGGCUGAGCUGCAGAGGCGCCAUGAGCAGAUGAAGAAGAACCUGGAGGCCCAGCACAAGGAGCUGGAGGAGAAGCGGCGCCAGUUUGAGGACGACCGGGCCAGCUGGGAGGCGCAGCAGCGCCUGCUGGAGCAGCAGAAACUGGACGCCUCCAGGACCUUGGAGAAGAACAAAAAGAAAGGGAAGAUCUUUUAAAGUGUUCGGGGAACAGCGCUUUGUAUUUGCCAAUUUGCCAGCCUGGAUGACUGUGUUUCCGUCAAAGGGCAACGCACAGGUUCAGCUGAAUAUCAUCUGCAUGAGGGAGGGCCAGAACGCUGCUGCCUGUGUCCUUUGGGGUGGGGUGGGGUGGGGUGGGUGGGUGGGGGGGGUUAACCGCCAUAAAACUUACCAUCUUGCACACGCUGAACCCAGAAAAGCUCAGUUCCGUCUUACAGUUUUUAUUUUUCCAAAAAAAAGAAAGCACCGUUUAAUGCAGAGGUAAUGUUGUACAAUCAUGUUUUGGUGGUUGAUUGUUUACACAAAAAAAAAAAUAUUAAAAAUCCCGUUCUUCCGUGACGUCCCAAAAAAAACAAAAAAAAAAAAAACCGUACGGUGAUUCUGAGCGAGAUGUUCUAAACGUUCUUCUAUUCUCUGCUUCUUUGUCAAAUAUGCAUAACACAGGAGACCAUGUACCGAGCAGCAUCCUAUGAGAGAGUAGCCUAAUGCGAAAUGACCAAAAGACGAGUCCAUUCUCACUGUAACCAUGACGAUGACGGCCACGAUUUAAGAGAACCGUAAAGGAUGAAUUACACCUCAGGCUUUUUUAAAAAAUAUAUAUAUGUAUAACAUUGGUUUUUGCUUUAUCUUUCCCAAAAAAUAAUGCUUCUUUUAUUUCUUGUAAUUUAAAUUAUCUAGCCUUGGACAGCCAUGUAUAACAUCAUUAAUGUAAUAUUUCAUUUAGUUUUUUUUUUUUGGUUUAUAUAUAUAUAUAUAUAUAUAUAUAUAUAUAUAGGCCCUUAUAAAGUAAUCUUUUUUUUUUGGAAGUUGGAGGAGUCUUGGGAGGAUUGGCCAGUUAGUUGACUGGUUUUCAGGUAGCAUCAGUGGGCAGUUCAGAAUGAGCUGAAGGCCGGCUGUAUGUCUACUUUAACGAGUGUCCUCACGCCAGCAUUGGGUUUUCCCUGACAGUCAGAGGUCAUCGCCACACUUAGGUUUGUUCAUGUACUGCAUCUCUGUAUUUUUUAUUUUGUUUUUCAUUCGUAUUGUACAAAGUCACGUAAUAAACUUGUGAUGAUA